AUGGAUACCAGAAGCACACUUCUUUAUUCCGAUCGCCAUGGGUUAGGCUUAGGGUAUAGUGCCGAGUCCGGUAUAUCAGAGGAAAGCCAUGUCAAAACCAAGUCUAUCAUAGAAGGAGAAACGGUCAUCUCGAUCGCAGAGGCACCACCAACUCCACCCCAAGAUGACGAUCUUAUGGAACAGGUGGCCGCUCAGUGUCGUUGCGGAGUGGAAGAGCUAGAAGAUGUGUAUUCAUGUACUGCGCUUCAGGAAGGGAUGAUGGCAACGACUGUGAAAGACCCGACUGCUUAUACGGUGGAGUAUGAGUUUCACCUUGCGGCGGGCAUUGAUCCCAAACGUCUCCAAGAGGCGUGGAAUCAGACUGCGCAGGCCAAUCCCAUUCUUCGAACGCGAAUCGUUCCGACCAGCAACCGCGGCGUAAUUCAAGCUGUCGUUAAAGGGGCAAUCCCGUGGCAGGAACAAUCUGACGACGAUGGUAUGCCCAGUGUCAGGAACAGCGUGGCUUGGCAGGCAGGCGCACCUCUGGUCUACUUAACACGAAACCUAACAAAGCAUACUUUGACUAUGAUGAUCCACCAUUCUAUCUGCGAUGACUGGUCGAUCGCACUGGUUCUGCGUCAGGUAGACGAGGCAUAUCGAGGCCGAGAAUUAAUUUCCCGUCCUUUCCGACCCUUUGUUGAAUAUGUCCAAUCCACUCGCAGAGAAGCAGACGCAUUCUGGCAAGAACAGUUUCGGGAUGCGCACCAAACUUCCAUGACGUCCUUUCCUCAUCUCCCAACUACUGGAUACAUUGCUCGGCCAACAUGCCAGGUCGAAAAGACUUUCGAGAUUAAACCAAGCUCUGGCGCUGGCUUCACGGUCAAUACCAAGCUACGUCUGGCCUGGGCAGUGCUACAAUCUCUCUCCACAGGUUCUGAUGACGUGCUAUUUGGUACCGUGAAUUCUGGCCGGGGAGUGUCAGUUCCUGAGGUCCAGGAACUGAGCGGGCCUGCGGUCGCCACAGUGCCAGUACGCAUCCGUUUAUCUCCAAAAGAUACAGUGGCUGAGACCCUCGCAAUUGUACAAGAGCAAUGGGCAGCCGCAAUGGAAUAUGAACAAGUUGGAUUGCAGAAUCUACUUCAUCUUGGUCCAGGCCCUGAAGCGGCUUGCAAAUUUCAGACAUUGCUAUCUGUGGAACCACGCGACGGCCAUCAAUUGCCCUCAUUAUUCUCUCGAUAUCAAUCAACGCAGAGGAAUUAUGACCUCUUUGCGUUGGUUCUUCGAUGUCGCCCUUCUAGUAGCGCUUUAUGGAUUGAGGCGCGUUUCGACCCGGGGGUAGUAGAUAUUCGGCAAAUCGAACGGACUCUCUCUCAACUGGCCCAUAUAUACGAACAAAUUGACGAAGAGUCCGACUUACCGCUCGCUGAAAUUGAUCCAGUAAGCUCCGAGGAUCGAGAGGAAAUGGCACGGUGGAACAAGACUUCGACCACUCAAAGCACCCCGCCAUGUGUGCAUGAGCUGAUUCGUCAGCGGACAGAACAGCAGCCACAAGCACUUGCGAUUAACAGCUGGGAUGGUGACUUUUCGUAUCUCAGGCUGGACGAAGUAUCAUCUGCCUUGGCUGUUGAGCUAUUGCGGCAAUCUAUUUGCAGUGGCAUGUUCGUGCCUAUCUGUCUAGGCAAAUCAAAGUGGACAGCAGUGACCAUGCUUGCGCUGAUGAAGGUCGGCGCUGCGUUCGUGCUGCUGGAUCCGUCAUAUCCUGUGUCUCGUAUGCGCCACAUGUGUGAGAGUCUGAAGGCAACUUUGAUAGUGACUUCGAAAGCCAACAUUGGUGUGGCAUCUCAGCUGAAUGUGGCAACGACCUUGAUGGUCGAUAGCCUCAAUCUGGAGGAGUCUAGCACAGUUCCUGCUCCCUCAUCAUCCAUCUCACCAUCUGAUCCGAUCUAUGCUACAUUCACAUCUGGGUCUACGGGUCAUCCUAAAUGUGUGAUAGUUCAUCACGCUGGCUAUGCAUCCAGCUCCUUGGCACAUGGAAAGCCAUAUCACUUUGCAGAAGACUCGCGAGUUUUGCAAUUUGCAUCGCCGGCAUUUGAUUCAUGCAUCAUCGAGCACCUCUCUACGUUGAUUAGGGGAGGUUGUGUGUGUAUCCCCUCCUCUGCAGAUUGUUCAAGCCGACUCGCAGAAGCGAUGAACGAAUUCGCUGUUAACGUGGCCUGCUUAACACCAACUGUCACUCGAAUCCUGAAUCCAAAACUUAUGAGAACUCUGAAAGUUUUGGCAUUUGUCGGCGAGGCCGUAUUGUCAAGCGAUGUGGCCCGCUGGAAAUCGCAUGUACAGGUCUGCAACGCGUAUGGCCCUGCUGAGUGUUCGGCAGUCUUCAGCGUUCAGCCCCAGCUUCGCUUAGAGGAUCCAGCCAAUAUUGGAUUCCCCACUGGAGGUAUUGGCUGGGUUGUCAACCCCGAGAAUCAUAACCGUCUCAUGCCUUUGGGGUGCCCCGGUGAGCUGGUGAUUGAAGGAGUGAUUGUCGGCAACGGAUAUCUGGCAAAUCCCGAGCAAACAGCGAAGGCCUUCAUUGAUGCCCCUCCUUGGCGAAGACAAUUUGGAGGCGUACCACUUCGUCCAUUGUAUAAGACUGGAGAUCUGGUGCAGCACUCGGGAGAUGGCAGUUUCCGGUAUCUCGGCCGCAAGGACACACAAGUAAAACUUCACGGCCAAAGGUUGGAGUUGGCGGAUAUUGAACAUCAUCUCUGCCAGGCGUUUCCUCUGGCGGAGCACGCCGUUGCAGAGAUGCUUCGGUCAUCCGCGAACGACGGGCGCCCAGAGGCUCUUCUCGUUGCUUUCAUCUGUUUCCCUUCAGCAUCAAUAUCAAAGGAGGAAAUGCAAGGCGAGGAGCUGCUUUUGCUCCCUAGUACGGAAUUUCGGGCAGCAUGCGCCGUGGCCGAGUCUCGCUUAUCCGAAGCCCUUCCAUCUUUCAUGGUACCUGCAGUCUUCCUCCCAGUCUCUCAUAUUCCUGUGACAGCAUCCGGCAAGACAAACCGACGUGGGCUCCGGGAACAGGUAGAACGUCUGUCCUGGGAAAUGAUGCAGGAAUAUCGAGUGGCCCAAGCGAAGCCGCAAUCACCUUCAGGGGAACGUGAAGAGCAGUUGCAGCAAAUCUGGGCGCAAACUUUAAAUCGGCCAGCAAAUCAGAUUGGAGUGAACGAGAGCUUUUUCCGUCUCGGAGGCGAUUCAGUGAGCGCCAUGCAAGUCGCUGCAAGCUGCCAGACUGCCGGUCUGAACGUGAUGGUGGCAGACAUCUUCCGAUUCCCCAGUAUCAGUAAGCUGGCCCAGAAGAUCCAGGAAUCGAGCAGCCCACAAUCUCAAAUCAAACCUCCCGAGGAAGAUGAUACCGAAACUUGGUUCAAUCUGUCGCCAAUACAACAGCUGUUCUUCGAACAUGUCCCAGAUGGGCAUAAUGGGUUCACGCAGGAAUUUCUUCUUCGAGUCGCCAAGCCAGCUUCAGCUUCCAAGAUUCAUGAUGCGGUCUUGGAAUUGACAUCGCGGCAUGCAAUGCUUCGUGCUUGCUAUAGGCAAAAUGACGACGGAGAUUGGGAGCAAAUUGUAGGCAAAGAUGCUGUCAAAAGCUUCCAAUUCCGGGAGCAUCAAGUUUCUUCCAUCGACGAAUAUGCCGCACUACGAAACAUUUUCAGUGACAGCCAAGGCACACUUAAUAUCGAAGAUGGCCCUAUGUUGAUGGUUGAUCUCAUCGAAACAGAGACAAAUGAACAAUUUCUUGGGCUGAUGGCACAUCACCUGGUCAUCGAUUUGGUGUCCUGGCGCGUGCUGUUGCAGGAUCUUGAGGAUAUUCUCACCACUGGUCGGCCUCUGCAGCCAUCAUCUAUGUCAUUCCAACAGUGGUGCCGCUUACAGCAAGAAUACGCAGAACAGUCGCUCGAUCCUGAAUCAGCCCUUUCGACAGACAUUCCUGCUGUUCCUCUUCGGUACUGGGGACCACCAACUAAACUGGCCAAUAACACAUGGGCGGAAACAGUCGAGAAAUCCAUUAGUAUUUCUCGGGAAUCAACACAGCUGAUCCUCGGUGCUGCCAACGACGCUUUUCACACUCGCCCUGUCGAAAUUAUUCAAACUGCGGUGCUCUAUGCUUUCGUUCAGGCUUUUGACAAUAGACCCGCCCCUGCCAUAUUCAGUGAGGGUCAUGGACGGGAGCCUUGGGAUCCAUCGAUCGAUAUAUCCCGCACCGUUGGUUGGUUCACCACUAUUGCACCUGUCUUCAUCAAAGCAAAGAAAGAUCAAGAUUUUACAGAACUUCUUGAGCUCACCAAGGAUGCCCGUCGAGCCAUCCCACGAAAUGGAUGGGCCUAUUUUGCCUCGCGCUAUCUUCACUCAGAAGGCAUGAACUACUUCGCAUCUCAUUCUCCGAUGGAGAUUCUGUUCAACUACACCGGCUUGUUCCAGCAGCUGGAGCGCCCCGGUGCCCUUCUUCAGUUGCAGUCAGUUCCUGAUCAGGGGUUGAUACCGAUGCCUGUUGACUUGCCACGAUUUGCGCUGAUUGAUGUGACUGCGAGUGUGACCAAUGGAUGUCUGAAUAUUGCGUUUGUUUACAACAAAAACCUGAAGAACCAAGACCGACUGGGUAGAUGGACUGAGUCCUGCCAAAGUAUUCUUCAAGAGGUGCCGAAUAUGCUACAGAAAGGACGGCGACUCACCGUGUCGGAUUUCCCAUUGCUGCAACAGAUCAGCAAUGAUCAAUUCCAGGAGCUUCUACUCCAGAUCUCCCGUCAGCUCGAUGUUUCUGCAUCUGACAUUGAAGAUAUAUACCCCUGCUCCCAUAUCCAGCUCGGUAUGUGGCUGAGCCAUGCGAAAAAUCCGCAGAUGUAUUGGUCCCACAUUCGGUGGGUUGUGCAUCGUGCAUCGAGCGACUCUCCACCCGUCAAUGUUUCCAGACUCAAGGACGCAUGGCAGCAAGUUGUUGAGCGCCACCCCAUUUUGCGUACAGUAUUCACAGAGAACAAUGGAGAAAGCAGCCUUCAGGUGGUAUUGAAGUCAUCUCAAGGCGAAAUUGAAGUUUUGUCUCAGUCAGAAGAGAUCUCAACUGAGCACGAAGCUCUACCACCUCCAUCCUAUGACUCCAUGUUGAAUCAACAUCACUUGAGCCAAAGUGGGCACCCACCUCACCAGCUGAGACUCACGAUUCAACCCACUGGCGACGUGUUAUGCGAACUAAGCAUUCACCAUAUGCUCGUUGACGGCAUGACCUGGCAAAUAUUACUGUCUGAUUUUCAUCGUGCGUAUCACAAUCACCCAAAAAGUACACCAGCGGGUGCGUACAGAGAAUAUCUCCGGUAUCUGCAAGAUCAUCAUCGAACAGAUUCCGAGGCGUACUGGAAACAGUACUUGGAUGGCGCGAAUGCAUGCAUCUUCCCGUCUCUGGCGACUGAAAACAUGGGAACUGAACCAUCCACACUCAAACUGUUACCCUUCAACACCAGAAUCGCACGUCAUCUACAAUAUUUCUGCCAACACCAGGGAAUUACCGUUUCGAGUCUCUUGCAAGUAGCGUGGGGCAUUGUCCUCGGAUCAUAUACUGGCUCCGAGUCGGUGUGUUUCGGUUACUUGAAUUCCUGUCGCGAUAUCCCCGUGCCUCAUGUCCGCGAGAUGCCGGGACCAUUGAUCAAUCUCCUCAUAUGUCGUCUGUGUUUGAAUGACGAUGAACCAUUGUUGCAGACUCUACAGGAAAAUCAGGACGCACAUGCUCAAAAUCUCGAGCAUCAGCAUUGCUCUCUGGCAGAAGUCAUACACUCCUUGAAUCUAGCAUGCCAGCCGCUAUUCAACACUGCCAUGUCACUACAGAGAGAAGCUGCACAGACUAUUUCCAAGGACUACCCGUCUGAAAUUGCCCUUGAAGGCCCAUUAGGAAUUGAUUCAACUGAGUAUGACCUCACGGUCAACAUAAUAGUCGGGGAUGAGACCAUCAGUGGCGAUUUGACCUACUGGUCUCACCUUAUGACUGAAGCACAGGCCGAGAUGGUAUCCGAUACCUAUUUCCACGUGUUAUCCCAGAUCAUCGAUCCUACCAAUCAAUCGCUUAGCCAUGUAAAGCUGUUGGGCCCGAAGACUCACGACCGGCUUGCUGAAUUGAACCGUCAAUUGCCACAGCCUAUUGAGAGCUGUAUCCAUACGGACAUUCAGAAGUAUUCUCUGACCCAUCGAGCUGAACCUGCGCUCUGCGAUGCAGAUGGUGUAUUGACAUACGGCGAGCUAGAGGAUGCCUCAUCCUCAUUGGCCCAGUAUCUCGUGAGCAAUGGUGUUGGCCCGGAAGUUUUCGUACCUGUUUGCUGUGAAAAGUCCCGAUGGGUUGUGGUGGCCGUCUUAGCAGCCCUGAAGGCUGGAGGGGCUUUCAUCCUGCUGGAUCCGUCGCACCCCGCAGAGCGGCUGCGUGGAAUGUUGCAGCAGGAUUUCUCGUGCCCCAUUAUUUUGACCACUUCCAAACAUGUGGGGCUGGCAAGCAGUAUUGUUUCAAAUGCCGUUGAAAUAGAUACUCAAAGCAAGUACUAUUCUGGUUCAAUCGAGCUACCACCGGGCCACCCGAGGUCUGCAGCUUAUGUUGUUUUUACCUCCGGAUCGACUGGAAAGCCGAAAGCAAGCGUUAUUGAGCACCAAUCAUUCCGAUCUGCGGCCGAGGCACAUUCGGCCAGGCUGAACCUAUGUGCAAGCUCCCGCGUGCUUCAAUUUGCAUCCUAUGCAUUUGAUGCUAGUGUCGUGGAAAUUCUCACUACACUUAUCGUGGGCGGGUGUAUAUGUAUUCCGAGCGAGCUUGACAGAAUCCAGAGGUUGCCUCAAAUCAUAAACGACCUACAGGUGACGUGGGCUCUUCUCACACCGUCGGUGGCACGGACUCUGAAUCCUUUGCAAGCCCCGACUUUGAAGACCCUCGUUCUUGGUGGGGAGGGCAUGAGCGAGAAUGAUGUCUCCCGAUGGUCAUCUCAUGUCCACUUGAUGAACGCCUACGGUCCUUCUGAGUGCUCGGUUAUUGCCACUGCCCAAACAUCUCCACGGUGCCUCUCCGAAGACCCGGGCAAUAUUGGUUUCCCAGUCGGAUGCCUCGCUUGGAUAGUUAGUCCUCAUACCCCUGAGAAGCUUGUGCCCAUUGGAGCCGUUGGUGAGCUUCUGAUAGAGGGACCUAUCGUUGGUCGGGGAUACAUGAAACGACCGGAGCAAACCGCAGAUGCUUUCCCGCCUGACCCUGAAUGGCUCAUUAAGCUACGUGGUACUCAACGGGGCCGUAUUUAUAGAACUGGCGACCUAGCCCGGCUCUUCCCAGACGGAUCUAUCCACUAUGUGGGACGGAAGGAUCGGCAAGUCAAGCUACAUGGUCAGCGCAUUGAAUUAGGGGAGAUCGAAUACCAGAUCCAACAGUGUUGGCCUGAAAGCAACUCACAAGUUUUUGCGGAUCUAAUCAGUCCUGCUGAAUCUAAAAAUACAUAUGUGGUUGCCACUAUUGCCUCCACUGAGCACAAUGGGAAGGACGGCGAAUUUGAAGAGGCUGCACAGGCUGCCGAGCUUCAACUCCAAGGCCGUGUUCCCAGUUUCCUGAUUCCAUAUGCAUUUUUGCACAUUGCUCAAAUCCCCCGACUGCUCAAUGGAAAGGUCGAUCGGCGUCAAUUGCGUGAGCAUGCGUCGCGCGGACUGCAAGUACGAAUCAAUAAGAAAGAGGGUAGCCCAAUGUCAAAACAGCAGAGACAACUCACCAAAAAUGAGCAAAUAUUGCAGCAACUAUGGGCCCGGGUUCUACACCGUGAAGCUGACAGCAUCGGCCCGGAUGAUAACUUCUUCCGCUUAGGGGGAGAUUCGAUCUUGGUCAUGAAACUGGCAUCUCUGGCUGGAGAUCAGGGACUGAAGAUUCGCGUGCCAGACGUCUUCUUGCAUCCCAGAUUAAAAGACCUGGCACGAAUUCGGUUACCCAAUCAACAGGCACAGACGAUCACACCAGAAGUACCUGGAACGAGUGAAGAAGCAUCUGUCGAGCCUCCAUUCUCCCUUCUCCCUCCAGAGCAGAGAGCUUCGGCUCAAGAGGAAGCAGCAAGGCAAUGUGGGGUCCCAGCAGACGCCAUUGAAACCAUAUAUCCUUGCACUGCACUACAAGCAGGUCUGGCCGCGUUGACUGCGGAACGACCGGGAUCGUACAUCGCCCACCAUCGUUUCAGGUUAGCCUCCAAUAUCGACAUAGACAGGCUCAAGGCAGCGUGGGAAAGAGUCUCUGCGAGAAUUGAUAUUCUCCGCACCAGGCUCAUUCAAACAGAGUUUGGAUGUUUGCAAGCAGUUGUUCGCGACUGCAACCUCGUUUGGAUAGUUCCUGGCAGCAAUGAUCAAAAGUUGUCGUGGGAGAUGGUUUUCGGCCAACCCCUAAUCCAAUUUGAGAUUUAUCCCGCUUCCGACGUUGAACUCCAUAUUACUCUGCACCAUGCAGUCUACGACGCCUGGUCGCUUCCACUUCUUAUUCAGUGGGCAGAGUUGGCGUAUGACAACCUCGAGUCGCCGAAAUUGCACUGUACCCCCUUCCAGACAUUCAUUCAAUAUACCAUGAGUCAAAAAGAGGAAUCUUUGAAAUACUGGCGAGAUCAUCUACGUGAUUGCGAGGCUGACCAAUUCCCUGCCCUUCCAUUCCCGUCAUAUCGGCCACGGUCGUCCAAGAAAGUCCAGCGCGCCAUUAGGACCGGACCGCUGAUGGAUGACCUGAUCAGCCGAACAACUGCAGUCAGACUCUCCUGGGCUUUGGUACAAUCACAGUAUCAGAGCAGUGACGAUGUUGUUUUUGGAAUAGUCUCUUCUGGCCGCUCUGCGCCAGUCCGUGGGAUUGAGAUGGUGGCAGGCCCGACGAUUGCCACAAUACCUCUGUCCUUUUCUAUCAAAAAGGACGUGAUAAUAUCACAGGCGCUCGCAGAUCUACAAGAACAAAUACUGCAAGUUACCCCCUACGAGCAAGUGGGAUUAUCGCAAAUAGCUGCCUUGGGGCCUGGGGCGAUGCAAGCAUGCUCGUUCCAAACACUGCUUAUUGAAGGGCGAGCCGAGGCCGAAGGCGAGCAGUCUGAAAUUGCGCGACCCAUCAAAACUACCUCUGAUGAGGAAGGGACGAACGCAUAUGUUCUUGAAUUGACCAUAAUCUUGGGAAAAGAGGAAGUCACUGUGGAAGCUGCCUUCGAUGAAUCAGUUCUGCCAGAAUGGCAAACCCAGCGAAUCUUGGAACAUUUUGGCUAUAUCUUGCAACGUGUUCACGCCGAGCCUCAACGACUCCUUGGAAGCAUAUCAACAGUCAAUUCACUGGACCUUGAUGAGCUCAAAUCAUGGAAUAGGGAGUUUCCUUCCUUAGACCCACGGACGGUGAUUGCAGGGAUUCAAGAGCAUUCCUCCACCCGGCCAUGCGCACCAGCUGUCUGUGCCUGGGAUGGCAAAUUCUCCUAUGGGGAGCUGGAUGCCAGAUCCAACACUCUCGCUAGCAUUCUGCAGUCUCACGGGGUUGAGCCGGAAAGUUUCGUUCCAAUUUAUCUUGACCGGUCGCGAUGGACUGCUGUUGCAGUGUUAGCGGUUCUUAAGCUCGGUGCCGCGUUCGUUCUGCUUGAUACAGGCCACCCCCACAUGCGACUAUGCACAAUUUGCGAAGAACUCCAGCCUUCCGUCAUAAUUACAUCCAUAGGUCUCCAUGCAGCAGCACAAUCUAUGGUGCCAAAUACCGUGGUGGUGACGGAAGCUGCUCUCAGCGGGGGUCCUCGUAAAUUGACAAGAGCUCAGCUUGGCCCACAUCAGGCGCUCUACGCGGUCUUUACUUCCGGUUCGACAGGAAAGCCAAAAGCAGCCGUGGUUGAAAAUGGCUCCUUUGUCACGAUGGCAACUCCAUAUGCGAAGGAGCUGGGGCUGGGCCCCGAUUCCCGUAUGCUCCACUUUUCAUCGUAUGCUUUUGAUGUUAGCAUCCUCGAGAUUCUCGGAACGCUGUUCAUUGGGGGUUGCGUAUGUAUCUUGUCAGAAUCGGAACGGAGAGACCAUCUGAGACGGGCUAUCACCGAACUGCAGCCAUCUCAUGCCAUAUUGACACCGUCUGUGCUGCGAGCGAUCACACCGCUGGAUGUGAGCUCCGUGCAUACUAUUAUGCUAAUAGGAGAGCCAGUCCGUACUAGUGACAUCGAGCAAUGGGCGGAUAGGGUGCACCUACUGAACACAUAUGGUCCCGCCGAGUGCACUGUCGUAUUUACCCUGCAAAGAUCCCCUAAGGCUGAUGGUAAUGCUGCCAACAUUGGAUUCGCCAUCGCAGGUGCGACGUGGGUAACUGAUCCUAGAGAUCCCCAUCACUUGGCUCCCAUCGGCGCAGUUGGUGAGCUUCUUCUGGAGGGCCCACUUGUCGGCCGGGGAUACCUAAACAAUGCAGAGAAGACAGAUGCCGCAUUCAUUCCAUCUCCAUGCUGGAUGCAGGAAUUGUUUGGAUCGGAGGUGUCCUCGAGGCCCAGUCCCCGUCUCUACCGUACAGGUGAUCUAGUGCGGUACGAGGAAGACGGAUCUCUCUGUUUUGUGGGGCGCAGGGACUGCCAAGUGAAGCUACGAGGCCAGCGAUUUGAGCUAGGAGAGGUGGAAGCUCAAGUCCAGCAGAACUUUCCUGGCAAUGUGGAAGAUAUAGCAGCACAAGUCAUCACGCCUUUAGGAGCAGUGAAGACUCCAUGCUUGGCUGUGUUCCUUGCACUGAAGGACGAGACCGAUCCUCUUCAGCCUCCUGCCUCCUCAUCGAUCCCGACGCUGGACGUUGUAGUGCCGGUCAAUUUCGGGGAAAAGGUUAAGACUCUGAACAGCCGCCUUGAAAAUGUUCUGCCCGAAUACAUGAUUCCCAGCGUCUUUGUGCCCCUAAAGCACCUUCCUCGCAGCAUCGGCGGCAAAAUUGACCGCCGAAAAUUACGAGAGUCGGCCGCAAAGGUGUCACGGCAAGAGUUGAAUGCGUUGUUUGUAUCCGAGUCAUCGGAGACGAGGCGCUUCGUGGCCACUUCAGCAGAGCGCACUUUGCAGCAAAUCUGGGCCCGAGCAUUGGGCAUCGCUGUAGAGAGGAUUGGCGUUGAGGAUAGCUUCUUCCGUCUGGGCGGGGAUUCUAUUUCAGCCCUCCAGGCCACGUCUCAAGCACGCGCUGUGGAUAUUCACCACUCGGUUGGAGAUUUGUUCCAAUGGAGAAACAUCCUACAAAUUGCCAAGCGAUUUUCACAGUCCAGUAAAGCCCAAACCGACUCGGAUGACCCCAACGUGGAUGAGAUAAUUCCUUGCACACCGGCACAGCGAGGAAUCCUUAUCGAGCAGAUGCAAGUCGAACAUCGAUAUGCCGCUCAUUUUAUUUGGCAUGUCACAGGCAGAGACGGCUCGAUUGAUGUGGACCGCCUCGCGAUGGCCUGGAAAGCAGUCAUUUCUAAACAUUCCGCCCUUCGAGCCACAUUCCGGCAACAUCCAAGCGAUGAUAGUCAAUUUGAGCAGGUCUUGCUCCGUGAAAUCGAGGCCCCGAUUGCUAUAGUGCACACGGAGAGCGACAGCAAAAAUAACGAUGUCGAUGACAUGCAGGUGCCCGUGGCCCUCAGUGCUUCGUCCGCGGACAUAACUUGGCGUAGCGACGGCCCAUUUGUACCACACAAACUGACUAUCCAUGUCAACCGCUCGGGGGACGUCUUCUGUCGACUUGACAUCAACCAUGUCAUUCUGGAUGGCAAAUCCUUAGCCGUUCUCGAGGUGGAUCUCUGCCAUGCAUAUGAUGCACAACUGGCCGGAACGCCCCAGCCUGAUCCGUACCGGGAAUACAUCAAAUUUGUUCAAAAUGAACCACACGAGGAAGCCCGCGAAUACUGGAGAUCUUAUUUGAAGAACAUGCAACCGUUGGAUCUUCCUCGACCAAAAGCACCAGCGCCAUCUUCUGAAUCAUCAGUAGGGACCCGGGAACGCUUGGAAGUAUCGCUGAACGCCCGUGGCGGCGAUAUCGAGUCAAUGUGUCGUUCCACAGACUGGACCCCAUCCAACCUUGUCUAUUUUGCCUGGGCAUUGACUCUAUCAGCAUUUUCGCUCUCUGAUGAUGUAAGCUUUGCUAUUUCAACGUCUGGAAGGUUGAUUCCAGUCGCUCAUAUCGAUGGUGCGAUUGGCCAGUUUUCAAACAUGGCAAUCUGCCGAGUGAGAAUGACACCAGACAUCACCCUGAAUGACAUUGCUCUUGGCAUGCAGCAGGAUUACUCUCAAGUCCUGGCUUAUCAGUCAUUCCCCUUAGCAGAGAUUUCACGCGCUGCUAAUGUUCCCGUGGAGGCCGUAGCCUCCUCCGCCGUCAUUGUUCACUAUCCACUGCCAGCGGACAUGGUCGCACCUCUAGAAACAUUUUCUAUUCAACUUACGCAGCGGCAAGUGCUGGACCCUGGAGUUCACGAUAUUGCGUUAUACGCCGUGUUCGAGGACGACGGCCUGAUUCGUGCGUCCCUGACGUAUCAGCCUUCUCGUGUCGCACCAUCCCUAGCCACCCAAUUAGGUGAUUAUUUCAAUUUUGCAGUCUCAGAAAUCCUGCGACGACCAUACGCUUCACUUGGCAAUUUGGACCUCCUAAGCCCACAAGAUCAGAAACGUCUGUCAUGCUGGAAUGGUGUUCUGCCAGUUCCGUCACCUCUUUGCAUACAUGAGUUUAUACAAAGGAAUGCAAGCAAGCGGCCGAGUCAUCAAGCUGUGACAAGCUGGGACGGAAAAUUCACCUACAGCGAGGUAGACCAGCUAGGAUCACAACUGGCCACACGCCUGAAGAAGCGAGGGCUCUGCGAUUCUCAAAUUGUCCCCCUAUGUUUUGAGAAGUCCCGGUGGGCUAUCAUUGCUAUGGUAGCCGUGAUGAAGGCUGGAGGAACUUUUGUUCCACUAGAUCCCUUGCAGCCGAUAGAGAGGUUGCGGGAGAUUUGCCGUCAUGUGCAUCCAACCUUCAUUCUCACAUCCAAGGCUCAAGCCAAUCUAAGCCAACUUCUUGCUGAAGAGGUUGUUGAGGUCGGCGAAGACUUGACUCUUGACGUCUCUGAGGGCGGCUCUUCCUAUUCUCACCUCAGCCAGCCCGCCAAACCAGAGCAAGCAGCAUACAUACUCUUCACCUCUGGAAGUACCGGGAAACCGAAGGGUGUCAUGAUAUCACAUUCUGCAUAUACCGUCUCGGCAGAGAGACAGAUCCAAGCGUUCAAGCUGGAUUCCUCUUCCCGAGUGCUACAGGCCUCCUCAUAUGCAUUCGAUGUCUCUAUGGCAGAGAUUCUCACCACUCUCAUGGCCGGAGCAACGGUCUGUGUGCCGUCCGAUAUUGAAGAGAACACGAUGGUACUGACCGGGGCAAGCCCUAUCUCGGUGUCACAUGCGUUCUUGACGCCAUCGCUCGCUAGUAGUUUGGAUGCCGCCAGAGCCUCCUCUUGGUUACAGACCCUGAUCCUGGCGGGGGAGUCUCCAUCUUCCUCUCACACGGACCAAUGGGGCAAGGCCUGCCAUCUCAUCAACAGCUACGGGCCUACUGAGUGUUCAGUAUAUAGUACAGCAUCGCCACGCUUACUCCCAGGUGAUGACUGUCGCAAUAUCGGACGACCUCUUGGAGUCCAUGCUUGGAUCGUCGAUCAGCAUGACCACGACCGGCUCCUUCCAAUUGGCGCUGUAGGAGAGUUAAUCCUUGCCGGCCCAUCAGUAGGCAUGGGAUAUCUGGAUCAGCCAGACAAAACCUCAGAGGUAUUCUUAUCAAGGCAACCACCAGCGUGGGUAUCAACCAUGUACUCGGAGCAGGAUUCACACCAUAUACGGCUGUACAAGACUGGAGACCUUGUACGAUAUGAAUUAUCCGAUGGUUCCUUGAGAUUUGAAGGCCGAAAAGAUCGACAAAUCAAAGUCAGGGGCCAGCGCGUGGAGCUAGAGGAUGUAGAGUCUCAUGUGCGACGGUCGUUCCCUGGAGCGAAAGAAAUUGUGAUUGAACAGGUCAUGAUCGCAGAGCAAUCAUACUCAAGCUCUCCCAAUGCUUCGCCGACUACCACCAGGCCACGCCUUGUUGUGUUUAUAUGGGAAGAACAAGAGGAGAAUGCAACAGCGGCUCAGGGAAUUCUGAAUCCUCCUACUGAGGAGUUUUCUUCCACCGCUGCAAAGGCUCUCACCCAGCUUCGAGAUUACCUCCCUGGGUACAUGAUUCCAGAUUUCUUCAUCUCCAUGGCUCAACUGCCGCGAACAGUGUCGGGGAAGAUGGACACAACUGAGCUGUGCCAAGCAAUUCAGGCAAUCCCGCCGUCUGAUUUGCGUGCAUACUUUGCGGCACAGAGGAACAAGCAGCGCUUAUCGAGCGACACUGCUGUGAAACUACAUGCCAUACUCAUUGAAAUGCUUGGUAUAGAGCCGGAGAUUGUUGGCCCAGAUGAUAACUUCUUCCAUCUUGGCGGAGACUCUAUUCUAGCCAUGAAAAUUGCUGCGACCUCCCGUGCGCAAGGCAUAGAGAUCAGCUCACGCGACAUCCUCCGGUAUCCUACGAUUGCAAAGUGGGCUAUUAUUGCCGACGCUCAUCAAGAAAAUGUGUCUUCCUACCAACAAUACGCUCCCUUCUCCACGGUCACCGAGCAUGAGCGUGCGGCAAUUCUUUCUGCACCAGCAUUGGGCAAUAACUCGAUUUCCGAUAAUAAUGUGGUCGACAUCCUGCCAACAGUUGGAUUCCAAUCGUACUAUAUUACUCACUCGUCACCAGUCUCCACAGCCCAGGUUUUCCCGAUGGGGGUGGACAUUGAUCGGCUCCGAGUGGCGUGUAAGACGCUCAUGUCGCACUAUAGCAUUCUGCGAACUGUCUUCGUGGGUAGCGGGGAUCGAAUGUUCCAAAUCAUUCUCCGGGAUGUUGAACCAGUCUUCAAUGUUGUCGAUUGUGAUGAUCCAGAAACAUACAUCACCCAUGAAUCACAGCGACAAAUACCGCCAGCCACGCCUCAGGGUGAGCUACCUGUGAGCUUCACCGUGGUCACUCGGCGGAAUGGCUCAGAUUGCGUUUUUAUCCUUCGCAUUUCGCACGCGCAGUAUGAUGGUGCCUCGUUACCUCUGCUAUGGCUGGCUCUCGCAGCGGCUUAUGAAAAUGUCACUCUUCCGAAGGCAGUGCAGUUCAGUGAGGUGGUCUACAAUAGACUCAAGGACACAAAUGAUGAAGCAUUCUCCUUUUGGGGCAAAUAUCUCCAGAAUGCUUCUGCCACCACGCUCGAAUCAUUGCGCUUUAUUGCGUCACCUGUGACCCAAUUGAACAACCAGACAGCUGUCACCAGUGCGCGACGGGAGAUUGGAGAGUCCUGCUUUGUUUCAGAGAUCACAUCGUCCACCCUGGUAAAGGCAGGGCUAAUAUGGAAGCUAUCCAGUUGCGGCCAGAGACGAGAUAUAAUCGUCGGUCAAGUAGUACACGGACGUGGCUGCCCUAUUCCAGAUGUUGACAAGGCCCUCGGACCUUGCAUUAACCUCUUGCCUCUUCGUGUUAAUCUUGAUUCGGAGUGGACUGUUAUGGAUCUGCUGCGCCACACACAGGCCCAGCAACUCGACACCCUUUCGUAUGACUACCUGUCAUUUGAAGAUAUUGUACGGAGGUGUACCGACUGGCCACGCAGCUCAAAGCUAGAGUGUGUUGUGCAUCACCAGGAAGUCGAUGAUGCAGCUGUGUCCUUCGAAAUGGCCGGAAUUCGUGCCUCCUCCAGCUCUAGCUGGGCCAACUCGAAACUCGAGCAAGGACAGAUCGGCAUUGUAUCAAUGAGGCGGGGAACCGGCCUUGAUCUCAUGAUCACAGCAACUGGUGAUACAUUGGAACAGUCAAGGGCGGAGCUGUUUGCAGACGAGCUUGUUGAGAUCAUUCAGUCAUUUUCUAGCUCGCCCGAGAGUCGUCUAUCUGAGUUAUGAUGAAAGAAAAAGUGUUUUGUG